AUGGCUGCCGAAGCGAGCGGCCUCACGGCCAGCUUGAUCGCGAUAUCGGAGCUAUGCGUGAAAAGCAUCGCCUUGUACCGGACAGUCAAGGAUGCCACCAAGGACAGAGCCCGACUGGCGGCAGAAAUUCAGUUCUGCAAAGCCCUCAUUGACGAACUCCAGAAUGCCUCCGCGGAUGAUGUAUGGAAGGCGACGAUGGAGGUCCUGGUGGGGGAUGGAGGACCUCUGAAGCUAUUGGAGGAGACUCUGCUUUCUCUCCAUCAGAAGCUGACUCCGAGAGAGGCUAGUCCGAGCAAGGGGUUUCGUCACGGCCUGAACGUCUUGAAGUGGCCUUUCGAGGAGAAGGAAAUCAAGAAAAUUCUCGACAUGAUCGAACGUCAAAAGGCAUCGUUGUCGCUGGCCUUGGACAACAACAGCAGGAUUUGGCAAGAUAGGGUAGCGUCCGAAGUUGGAAACAACACGGAAAGUCUCAAAGAACUCAAAGGUCUCUGCGGGACUUUGUGUCAGGAGAUCGACACGGGAGCUGGCAAAUCAGUGAUUGCCGCAAUUGUCUUUGACUACUUGAACAACACCUUUUCUCAAUCAAACCCGAACAUGAGCGUGGCAGUCUUGUAUUGCGAUCAUCAACUUCAGGCAGACCAGACAUUGGAUGAGCUCGAGCGAAGUAUCUUUCAUCAAGCCUCGGUCGACUAUCUGACAUUUCCCGAGGAGCUGCGCCAGCUUCACAGAGACACAAGGAAAGGAUUCUCGCCUUCACUUGAGAAGCUGCGCUCAGCUGUGAGAUUGACAUCUGGGAUGUCUCGUACACCUUUUGUAGUCCUGGAUGCCCUGGAUGAAGCGAACGAGAGGGUACAAGACCUGAUCGUUGACAGAAUCUCGAACCUGCCCUUCAAAGACAUCCGUCUCUUCUGCACCUCUAGAAGCCUACCGAAGUUCAGGCAUAUGUUUGCAACGACGGACGAAAUCGAGAUUGCUGCGUUCGACGACAUCUCAAUCUUCGUGCGGAAACAAAUGGGUCUCCAGAGUCGGUUGCGCACAAUCAUUGGCUCGGACUCCGGGCUCGAGAAGUGCUUAGUCGAGAAGGUCAUUGGAAAGGCCAACGGAAGACUAUUUGCGGGUUAA